UAAAAACUUAUUUAAAAACAGUGGAAAAUAUAAAUCGGAUAAAUUUACACAUUUUUUCAGCAAUUCACGAAGGAUAUGAAUUUAAUAACAUUUAUUCCCGAAGAGAAAUACAGUUAACAUUCUAACAAAUAGUGAAACUCCUCUCCAACCUUUCCAUUAUUACAAUAUGUGCAAAUGCUGUCUUUUCGUGCAACAUUAUUCCACCUUCCUGUUUCAAUUAUAAAUGUAUGCCACGUGUAUUGAACCGUCUAUAACGUAGUAAUAGAGUGGUAAAACGUACGUAUACAUGUCUCGACGUAAAUGUUAUGAAAAACUUCAAUAGACUUUACAGGCAUGGAGUAUUUACCUAAAUCAGUUAAAUACUGAACUGGAAUUACCAUUUCUUAAUCCGAUUACGGUCAUACCUAACUGUCAACAGGCAUUAGCAUAACGUCCACUAUUAAAUUACUAUGUAUGUGUCUGGACACAACACUUACGCCACGCCACAGUGGUCAAUAUUAAAUCAGGACAAACAGUGACCAGGACUACGAUACGAUACGGUCAAACUAUACGACUGGUGUUUUUAUCAACAUGGAUAUCAAGGCAUCGUCCCAAGCCGAUAUAAUACGUGAUACUGCCAGAGACAAAAGCCUUACUCUUCAACAGAAACUAGCCUUACAUUUAGAGGAACGCAGGAGGGAACCAGCCGCGUCACCUCGGAACCUCAAUAAGUACCUCCCAAUCAUAUUCCUGGCGGAAGUGACGAUUGUCUGGUACUACGGCACGUGCCAGGGAAUUCCGUUCUUGUACGCAGAUUUCGGACAAGAAGUAAUACUCGGCAUCCAGGCCGUUUGUAGUUUUAUGGCCUUCCAGAUGUUGUUGAAUUGGUGGUGCGUUUUCAGAGUUAGCUCUGCCUAUGAUCCCCAGAGGCACGGGACUUACCUAGAAUUCCUCGACCGACAACAAACAAAGACUACUUUACAGAGUGCAACCGUAAACAAACAACACGGACCAUCCGGAGCUUCAAACGGAUCCACUUCCGGUCCACCAGCACGCCCACCUUAUUGGUCGUGGCGGUACUGUACCAUGUGUGACCAGCCACGCCCCCCUCGUUGUCACCACUGCGUACUUUGUAACCGGUGUUCACUCAAACGUGACCAUCACUGCUAUUUCUCACGGAACUGUAUUGGUUACCGGAACUUACGUCACUACACAGUAAUGAUGUUCUGGUGUUGUAUUUCGUCUGUAGUGGGUUUCGUGCAUGCUCUGCCCUUCAUAUUCAUGGAAGUUUUACCAAGCACAGGACACGUAGAUAUGCUUCCUUUCGUGGCAUUCUUCCGCUGGAUGUUCGGAUACACACACUUCCGAGUUGGCCUUGUCAUUCUCGGAACAUGGAUGUUAGCGUUGUUUAUCAUAUUCACAACAUUCAUGCUUUUCGAAAUCAUUCGGUGUAUACUAAAGGGGAAAACAUCUUUUGAAAUUGACAAUAAUAUAAAAAUCACUGAUACGCGAAGCGUGAACAGCAAACUUAGGGCUGCAUUCGGUGAUUUCUGGCUAAUUAACUUCCUGCUGCCUAUGCACUGGCGAUUUCACCCUGAUGAGGACCCAGUAUUCUGGCCAACCAUAAACCAGUGACUUGUCCGAAUGUCGAUUAUCAAUGAUGUAAAAAUGUGAAAAUCAAUUUCGAAACAAGUUAUACAAACUUGUAUCAAUUACACUUGUCUUACUGUGGGAGGAAUCCGGAGUACUCCAGGGAGACCCAUGCGGUCGGGCAGGUGACCCCAUACUCUUUCACGUCCGAUCGGGAAAUCGAACCCCGGCCGCCUAGGUGAAAGGCAAGUGUGUUAACACUGUGCCACCCGACCACCCUAACAAUACGGUCGACUGUAGGAUCUUGAUCUGUUGGUGCUGUAUUGACACAAGGCAUAUUAAAAAUUACUGUUGAAAUACAUUACAAA